ACCCAUAUAAAUAUCGAGAGGGGUGCGAAAAUUAGUGUGCAUGCGUCGCGUCGUUCGCCAAACAGUGUGUGAGUCAUUCACAGCCGCAGUGCUGCGCCUCCCGCCCGCAUGGACGGACACGACGUCGCCUGCUGCCGCUACCUGCGGCGCUGCGCGUGCGGGCGCUGCGCGCACCCGGGCGGCGCGCUGUGGCGCGUGGCGCUGGCCGAGGCGCUGGGCGCGGCGCUGCUGCUGCUGCUGACGUGCUGCGCCGUGACCGCGCCGUCGGCGCCGGCGCGCGCGCUGGGCUCGGGGCUGGUGGUGGCGCUGCUGGUGCAGUGCCUGGAGCGCGCGUCGGGCGCGCAGCUCAACCCCGCCGUGACGCUGGCGGCGCUGCUGUGGGGGCGCAUGUCGCGGCGGCGCGCGGCGGCCGAGGCGCUGGCGCAGCUGGCGGGCGCGGCGGCGGGCGCGGGCGCGGCGCGGGCGCUGCUGGGCGGCGCGGCGCGCUGCGGCACGUGCGGGUCGCUGCCGCCGCUGCCCGCCGCGCUGCUGGAGGCGGUGCUGGCGGGCUGCCUGGCGCUCGCCAACUGCGCCGCCUGGGACGCGCGCAACGCGGACUUGCGAGACUCCUGGCCGCUGCGCAUCGGACUGUGCGUGGCCGGCCUGUCGCUCGCCGCGGGCGAGCUUACGGGUGCCAGCAUGAACCCGGCGCGCAGCUUCGGACCGGCGCUAUGGAGCGGCGACUGGGCCGGCCACUGGGUGUACUGGGUGGGCCCGCUCAGCGGCUCGGCGCUUUUCACCACCGCCUACAUGUGCGCGUGGAAGCCGCGCUGUGACGUCACGCCGCGCUGCGCCUGCGACGAUGCCUCGCGCCGCGGCUCGCGUCACGUCACCGCCGCGCCGCCGCUGCCCGACAAGCCGUGUGCCGAGCCCUAGCGAGCCGCGCCGCGUCACGUCACGUCACGUCACGCCGCGCUGCGCCUGCGACGAUGCCUCGCAACGCGGCUCGCGUCACGUCACCGCCGCGCCGCCGCUGCCCGACAAGCCGUGUGCCGAGCCCUAGCGAGCCGCGCCGCGUCACGUCAC